GUGGUGGAGAUUGAGCUUGGGGAAACAGGAGGCGUAUAUAGGAGGUAUGGCCUCCUCGAGUCAACAAGGUGGGGGGAGCGGUAGGGAUGGAACGCGUGGAAAUCUCCGGUAUGUUACAGUUGCAAGAUGCCGGGGCACGAUGCGAGGGACUGUGAAAUUUACUGGAAGGAGAAGUUCGAAGCUAAGGAAGGACGGGAGGGGGGAGAAUCAUCACGAGAUGGAGGCCAGCGUCAUUACCGAGGGAGAUCUGCCUCCCCGCCUAGACGACGAUGGGAGUUGGCGAAACGUUCCCCGUCGGCUGACUCCAGAUAUCGGGGUCGGGUGGAACGUGACAGUGUCCGAGAUCUCGUCGACCUCAUUACGGCUGACAGAGAAGAGAAGAUUGCGAGACAGAAGGAAGAAGAGGAAGUUGCGAAGCGUGAGCAAGACAGACUGACGAAAGAAGAGAAGCGACGGGAGAAGCAAGAGAAGAAACGGCGGGAGCAGCAAGAAAAUGACGAGAGAUUGGCUCGGCUUGUGAAUAAGCACUUUGCGAGUAGAUGGGGAGAGAAGACGGAGGAAGUGGAAGUGGAAAGUACACCCGCGUAUAAGAAGAAUCCGAGACGAGUACGUCGAGGUACCAGGCGUGCAAAACACCGUCAGGUCCCGCAUCCGGAAUCCGCCACCGACGAUGAGGUGUCCGACAUCAGCCGCAAAACUAGGCGAAUGUGCCUGUCAGACCGAAAGAGACGUCCACCAACAACGGAAGAGGAGGAAUCCUUUUCCAGCUCUCAAGCAACUCCGCUGCAGCUGCAUCGGCGAUCCCGAGGACGACCACCGCGGACAGGGCGCUCAGCUAAGAAAAUGAAGACAGGAUUACAACCAAUGACAAUGCGCAAACUCCGAGAGAAGAAGGAUACCACUCGGAAAGGGACGGCGGCAGCUGCGGGUCCGGGAGCUAGACAGCAAUUUGUGGACGAGACGAUAAGGCAUCUCGAUGGACUGGACUAUCGCCAAAUUCAACGGAUGUGCAAGCAAGCGGGCGUGCCUUACAUCCGUAAGCCAUAGGCAGUCAUCACGUUGGCCGAACACUGUGCGCAAGUUGCUUACGAAGGCACUCAAGAGGGAAUUAUGAAAAACACUCGU